GGCGAUCAAAGCCGUGCGGAGUAUCCGGGAGAGCGGUCGAGCGGUCGCGUUACGCUCGGUGCUUUCCUCGUCGCGUGAAUUCUCAGAGUCGGGAGUCACACGUAUAUACGUGUGCGCGCGCGGUCCGCGGCAGUCGGGUCGAUGUGAAGAGGAGAAGCGAAAAGCGCGAAGGGGAGAAGUGGCGCAAGAGCGAAAGAUGACAGCUCGACGUGUGAUUUGACAAGUGGAGAAGAUAGCGUUCGAUGGGAAAAGUGUCCUGUUGAAUACCGCGGUGGUUGACGGACUAGUGGACUUUAAGGUAUCCGCCGCGCGCGCAACCCUGAUGCGUAUGUAACCCCUCCGAUAUCGGGAUUUCCAGCCGUGGACCGAAGUUGAGAAUUAACGAGCGGAAGUAUAAGCGGAACGAGGGCGGCGAGGACGACGACUGCGGGGGCGGUGGCGGCGGCGGAGGUGGCGAGGGUGACGAGGGUGUGAGACAACUAGAGGGUGAAUCGACGGUUCACAGUACGGCCGAAGAAUGACGGGCGAGGACGGAAAGCGCGGUGGCGGCACCGGCGACGUUACCACAGGAGCAAAUAUGAACACGAACGUCACCGAUAACGUCAAUAAUGUUAACGCCAAUGUUAACGCCAACAUAAACGUCAGCCAGCAGAACGGCGGACCGGAAAAGGCUCCCGUAGUCGGCGGUACCAACGUGGAGACGCUGCCACGCGCCGGCAAACAGAGUGAUCCUAGUACUGCAUUUUUACGGGCAGCUCGUGCUGGGCAACUCGAGAAAGUUUUGGAAUACUUGGAAUCUGGAGUAGAUAUUAACGCUUCUAACGCCAAUGGCUUAAACGCUUUGCACCUGGCAGCUAAGGACGGCCACUUGGAAAUCGUGAGAGAACUCCUAAAUCGCGGUGCAAUUGUGGACGCCGCUACCAAAAAGGGAAACACGGCAUUGCACAUAGCUUCUCUUGCUGGACAAGAGGAGGUGGUACAAGUGUUAGUACAACGAGGUGCUUCUGUGAAUGCACAAUCGCAAAAUGGGUUCACGCCGCUGUACAUGGCUGCCCAGGAAAAUCAUGACUCUGUGGUCAAGUACCUCCUCUGCAAGGGUGCGAAUCAAACAUUGGCCACCGAGGACGGUUUCACUCCAUUGGCGGUGGCUAUGCAACAGGGUCACGACAAGGUAGUGGCCGUUCUAUUAGAAAAUGACACCCGUGGUAAAGUUCGACUGCCUGCCCUACACAUCGCUGCUAAGAAAGACGACUGCAAAGCGGCUGCCCUACUUUUACAAAACGACCAUAAUCCUGAUGUAACAUCGAAAAGCGGUUUCACUCCGCUUCACAUAGCCGCACAUUAUGGCAACGACCGAAUCGCUUCCUUGCUUUAUGACAAAGGUGCGGAUGUUAACUUCGCGGCAAAGCACAAUAUCACGCCAAUGCACGUGGCGGCGAAAUGGGGUAAGAUUAAAAUGGUUAAUCUCCUCAUGAGCAAGGGAGCAAACAUCGAAGCGAAAACGAGAGAUGGUUUAACUCCUCUGCACUGCGCGGCCAGGUCCGGCCACCACGAAGUAGUUGAUAUUCUCAUCGAGAAGGGGGCACCCAUUGGCUCAAAAACGAAGAAUGGUCUUGCCCCGUUACACAUGGCUUCUCAAGGGGAUCACGUUGACGCCGCGAGAAUUUUAUUGUAUCACCGUGCACCCGUGGACGAAGUGACGGUGGAUUAUUUGACUGCGCUGCAUGUGGCUGCACACUGCGGCCACGUACGCGUAGCUAAACUACUUCUUGAUAGAAAUGCCGAUCCUAAUGCGCGAGCGCUCAACGGAUUUACCCCUCUUCAUAUCGCAUGCAAGAAAAAUCGUAUAAAAGUCGUCGAACUCCUCCUGAAGCACAAAGCGAGCAUCGAAGCUACGACUGAGUCUGGAUUAACUCCACUGCACGUAGCGAGUUUUAUGGGAUGUAUGAAUAUCGUGAUUUACUUACUACAACAUGAAGCUAGCCCUGAUAUACCGACAGUGAGAGGCGAAACGCCAUUACACUUAGCUGCUAGGGCGAACCAAACUGAUAUUAUUAGGAUACUUCUUAGAAACGGCGCCCAAGUCGACGCUAGAGCAAGAGAGGAACAGACACCGCUUCACGUCGCUUCCCGUCUGGGUAACGUCGAUAUUGUGAUGUUACUGCUGCAGCAUGGUGCGGGCGUAGAUGCUACAACGAAGGAUUUGUAUACACCGCUUCAUAUCGCUGCUAAAGAAGGCCAGGAGGAGGUUGCAUCCGUUUUAUUAGAAAAUAACGCCUCACUUACCGCAACGACCAAGAAAGGAUUUACUCCCUUGCAUUUAGCGGCCAAGUACGGCAAUAUGAACGUAGCUCGAUUGUUACUGCAAAAGAAUGCUCCUGUUGACGCUCAAGGAAAAAACGGAGUAACGCCUCUUCAUGUAGCCUCUCAUUACGAUCAUCAAAACGUGGCUUUACUUUUACUCGAUAAAGGAGCUUCACCACAUGCCAUGGCUAAGAAUGGCCAUACACCAUUGCAUAUCGCUGCACGCAAAAAUCAGAUGGAUAUUGCUACUACUUUGUUGGAAUACGGAGCGAAAGCUAAUGCAGAAUCAAAAGCGGGUUUUACACCGUUACAUUUGAGCGCACAAGAAGGCCAUACUGAUAUGUCAACCCUUCUUAUCGAGCAUAAAGCAGACACAAAUCACAAAGCGAAGAAUGGCCUUACGCCUCUACAUUUAUGCGCACAAGAAGAUAAAGUGAAUGUCGCUUCCAUUCUUGUCAAGAAUGGUGCUCAGAUUGACGCUAAAACUAAGGCUGGAUAUACGCCAUUGCACGUGGCGUCUCACUUUGGUCAAGCAGCUAUGGUACGAUUUCUCUUAAGAUCCGGUGCUGCUGUUGACAGCAGCACCAAUGCUGGUUAUACUCCUCUUCAUCAAGCCGCGCAACAAGGACAUACGCUCGUUAUUAAUUUGUUGUUGGAGAGUAAAGCUAAACCGAAUGCUGUAACCAAUAACGGACAAACUGCUUUAGAUAUCGCACAAAAGCUCGGUUAUAUAAGUGUCAUCGAAACGUUGAAAGUUGUCACAGAGACUAUCAUCACAACAACUCAUACCGUUACUAUUGAAGAGAAAUACAGAGUUCAGGCACCCGAAUCCAUGCAGGAGACAUUUAUGAGUGACAGCGAAGACGAGGGCGGUGGUGAUGAAAUCGGCACGGCAGCCAUGAAUGUGUACGGGCAGCCUCCGCACGCGCAACACGUGUACCUUCCUUCUUACUACCAGGGCCAAAUGACCUAUACCCGUGAAGAUCCAAUGCUCAGCGACCAGCAGCAGUACCGAUACAUGACUGUUGAUGACAUGAAGUCCAUGGGGGAUGACUCGAUGCGCGUGAAUGUGACGGAUGACGAGAGAGAUAAUCGACAUUCCGGAGCGCCAACUAUAACAGAGAUGAUUACGAAAGAACAUUAUCAACGUACAAACGCGGCCAAUCUUAAACCAGACAAUGUAGACAUCAAUAGGCAUCCUGUGCAUGUCGGCGAGUCCCUAGAGUCCCUAUGCACCUCGCUGGCAGCUCUCAGUACCGCACCGAAGGGACAAGGGAUGUGGAGGGACAGCUUCCUGGUUUCCUUCUUGGUGGACGCAAGAGGCGGUGCGAUGCGCGGAUGCAGGCAUAGUGGCGUCCGCGUGAUUGUUCCACCGCGUAAAGCCGCAAUGCCUAUGCGCGUCACCUGUAGAUACCUGAGGAGAGACAAAUUGACAAACCCACCUCCCCUGAUGGAGGGAGAAGCGUUGGCCAGUCGUAUCCUCGAAUUAGGUCCUGUCGGUGCAAAAUUUCUGGGCCCUGUUAUCAUAGAAGUGCCACAUUUCGCGUCGUUGCGUGGAAAGGAACGGGAAAUAGUAAUUCUACGAUCAGACAACGGAGAGACCUGGCGCGAGCACACCUUGGAAGCCAGCGAGGAGGCUGUCCAAGAUGUGCUUAACGAGAGCUUUGAGGGAGAAGAGCUAAGCCAGCUAGAAGAUCUCCAAACGUCUCGUAUCGUAAGGAUACUCACCGUAGAUUUCCCACAUUACUUCGCGGUAGUAUCUCGCAUCCGGCAAGAGGUCCAUGCGGUUGGUCCCGAAGGCGGUACCGUGUCAUCAUCCGCUGUACCACAAGUACAAGCUGUCUUCCCGCAAGCGGCCCUUACUAAGAAGAUCAGAGUCGGCCUGCAGGCACAUCCUAUACCGGCGGAUCUGGUGGCCAAAUUACUUGGAAAUAGAGUGGCUGGGUCGCCGAUUGUUACCGUCGAACCGAGACGAAGAAAAUUCCACAAGCCGAUAACUUUAACUAUUCCAGUACCACAGGCGGCUAAUAAAGGCAUGAUCAACCAGUAUUCCGGAGAUGCGCCGACUUUGAGACUCCUGUGCAGCAUAACUGGGGGUCAGACUCGGGCAGUCUGGGAGGACGUCACAGGCUCGACGCCGUUGACCUUUGUGAAAGAUUGCGUUUCCUUCACCACCACAGUUUCCGCCCGCUUCUGGUUAAUGGAUUGCCGUAACAUUUCCGAGGCCACGAAAAUGGCCACGGAACUAUACACGCACGCGACACAUGUACCCUUCAUGGCUAAAUUCGUCGUGUUUGCAAAACGGGUAGAUCCAUUGGAAGCGAGACUACGUGUAUUCUGUAUGACGGACGACAAAGAAGACAAAACUUUAGAGCAUCAGGAACAUUUUACAGAAGUUGCAAAGAGUAGAGAUGUUGAGGUUCUUGAAGGAAAAACGCAAUAUAUGGAAUUUUCGGGAAAUCUUGUACCCGUUCUGAAAACGGGUGAACAGCUGCAAUUACCGUUUAGGGCUUUCAAGGAAAAUAGAGUUCCGUUCACCGCGAGAAUAAAGGAUCCGGAUGCUGCUGAUAUGAUGGGUCGAAUCAUGUUUAUGAGCGAACCUAAGGUUCCGAGAGGUGAACUGCCGCAAACGCCAAUCUGCACAUUAAAUAUUUUGCUGCCGGAAAAAAUUUCUCCGGAUACCGCGGUCUCCGAGCUUGACUUGUUGGAAUUGUCAAAGAACUACAGUUUCUUACGCGAUGGUGGAAUAAGCAGACCAGAUGCAAUACAUAGAGCGACCAUUCGAUUAACAGAUAUUGCUAAUCUAUUGGAUAAAGAUUGGGAACCACUAGCGGAAGAGUUGAAUAUCCCACCUAACGAUGUGGCUCUAAUAAAACAAGAAUACCCCGAUAAACCUGCGCAACAGGCCGCUGCCAUGUUCAAAAUCUGGCAAAACAGUGGAAACAAAGCCACAGGAAAUACGUUAGAAAAAGCUCUCAAUAAGAUCGGACGAGAAGAUAUAGUGAACAAAUGUAUCUUCAAUGUUGAAUUAGUGACUGACGACGUUGAAAAAGCUGUGGCGAGAGUCAGACUGGAUCAGCCAGGAUUUGAUUCUCUUAAGGAAGAAUUAGGACCGUCGAGAAACACGUCACUCCGCCGUGAUGCAACUAUGGAUCCUAAAAUGGAUCCUGAUUAUGAAGAGUCUGACAGAAUGAAGGACUCUGAAUCAAUGGAGGAUCUCAGUAUCACUGGCACACACGAUAAACCCAAAGAGCACAUCACAAUCACAAACGGCACUGUAUUCAACGGAACCUCGACCCCCAUCAAAGACAAAUACGCGAGCGACGAGAAAGAGCUCAGCGACAUGAUGGCUGAUUACCUUGAACACAAAUGCCAUACGACCGACACGAUGAGCAAAAAGUCGCGCGAUGAACUGGACGAUCCGGAGAAAAAACGUCAGAAAGCGAUCGCCGAUGCCAACAAGAUAGUCUCUGGUGUAAUAGCAGACGCAGAGAAAGAGAAGGGGAAGUUAGCGAAGGAAGGGUGGUCGGUGGUUUAUGAUGAUGAUGAUGAUGCGCGGGACAAUAAAGAGGCGCGGGGUGCGAUAGGGCAGACUGUAAUUAAUGUUCAUUUAGAUCAAGCGGCCACCGAGCCGGAAGGUUUCGUUCCCAAAUUAGAGCAAAUCCCUAGUAUCGAACCGCCGAUGAUUAAGCAACAUCGUGGUGGGAUACCGGAUCCCAAAGUUAGCACUUCAAAAACAGUAGUUUCUGUUAGUGGCGAUCCGAAAGUAGGUCAGACAGUAGUAACUAAGACUACGGUAAUAAAACAGACUCCGACUGAGACCGUGACUACGAAAGAAACGGUAAUCGUUUCCCCUGAUAAAAAAGACGUUGUUAGCGAGAAAGAGAAACUGUCUAAGGAGGGUAAGGAAGUCGACGAAAAGUUGGGUGCAAUUCCUACGGACGCGACUGUUACGCGAAAAACGGUAAAGGUUGACACAAUAGUUCGAACUGAUCAAAAGAAGUCAGAAAUAAAAACUCCAGCAGACAGGAAUAAAGAUAAGGAGAAGGAUAAAGAGACUGUUACGAAGACUAUGAAAACGGCUUAUGAAGAUGUUUACAACGUGCCGCAUUCAGCAGACAGCACAGAAGAAAAAUCAGACGAAGAGAAGAAAACAAAGGAUAAAAGUGGCGGAAUAUUUUCGGGAAUUUUUAAAGGUUCCAAAUUGAAGAGAGGCAAGAAAGGUUCAAAGGACACGUCCUUUGACAGUGGUGACGAGGAAUCAAAGGCUAUCCUAACGAAAGUUUCUGAACAGCAGCCAGAAUUUCCUUCUAGCGAAGUAACGGAUUCGCAUUUUGACAGCAGAUUACCAGAAAUCACAACUGCACCCGAUGUAAGAUCAGCUACUGUGGAAUUUUUAGAAGAUUCUCGACGAAUCGCUGCAGACAUGCAUGUACCUUACGAAGGUCUUGCUAAGCCAGUGGAGAAAGAAGACAAAAAAACAGAGACUGCUGAGACCGAUGAUGAUAAAGAUAAGACAAGCUUUUUCUCGAGUUUGUUCAAAAGUAAGUCUAAAAAAGACGAAGAUGGAUCUGUCUUACCUGUUAUUCAUGUUGAGAAACCCAAAGAAUCCGCAGAGCAAAUCGCAAAAAAAGAGAAAAAAAAGCUGGCAGCAAUCGCAAAGGAAAACGAGGAAUUAUUGGAAUUACAAAUAAAGGAAAAGGAGAAAGAGGUCGAAGCAUCUCAGAUUGUCGAAGUGCCUAGCGUAAUCGAAAAAGAAACAGAAAAAGCUGUGAAAACCAGCGCGAAAGUCAUCGAGGAUGCCAAAAGCAAAGCAAAGAUUAUUUCAACGGAUGAGCAAUCACCUAGUAAGGAUGACGAAAAGGAAGAUCAAGUAAAGGAGAAGGGCGGCUUCUUCGGCAUCUUUAAGAGUCCAAAAUCCAAGGACAAAAAGCUCAAAUCGAAGGAAACGUCCUUUGACAGCGGCGAUGAGGAAAUCAAAGCCGUAACGGAGAAACUCUUGAAUGAUACGCGGAAGGUUACUGACUCUAGCGUGUUACCGAUUGCGUACAAAAGCGAUGGCACAAAAGUCACUCCCAAAGAAGAGGUACGUACUUUCGUGUCGACCACUCAUUACGAUGAUAUUCCCGCGGACAAAGUCAGUAAAUCUUACGAUGUUGUACAAACCACGAUGAAGAUCGAGAAGACUAUCCACGAAGAGGUAAACGGGAAAGCGGACAUUGACAAGGAGAAAAUUCAGAAGGAAGAGAAAAAAGAUAUCGAAAAACUUGCUGCAGAAGUAAAAUCCGAUACGCCGGAACCGAAAGCACCCGAGACGGAAAAAGAGAUGAGCGACGAUAUCAAAGAAAAGAGUGGCGGCUUUUUCAGUAUGUUUAAGAGCCCGAAACUCAAAAGCAAAAAGAGAAGCAGAUCUCGAGAGCAUAGUUCUUCGAAGGAGACCUCUUUUGACAGCGGAGACGAAGACAUUCGAUUGGCAACGGCAAAACUUCUAGAAGACACAAUACAGAUGGCAGAGAACUUGCAGCAAGCUGAAGAAGAGUUACCAGAGAGUAUUACAAGAACUCCGCCUAUAGAUGAGAAGAUAAAAAAAUCUAUCAUUCCCGAAGAUGAAGCUGUCGAAAAAGAUAAGGGAAGUAGCAUUUUCGGUAUAUUCAGAAGUCCCAAACAAGCGAGAAGUUCCAGAUCUAGGAGUAGAUCUAAGGAGAAGACACCUUCGCUCGAACUGCCAGAUAGUGGCCACGAAGAUUUACGAAAAGUAACCGCAGCGUUCUUGGAGGAUUCACGGAAUACGGCGAAUAUCAUGGGCGAAUUGACAGAUUCGAAAGAUGAUAAAUUAUCAACAGAGAUAAAGAAAGUUGACCAGCACAUCACAAUUGCAGCAGAAGACGUUAGUAAAGCCGUCAAGGAUGGUAAAGAUAUGAUUGCUAAAAAAGUAGAAGAUAAAACACAUGAUGUCGUCGAUAGCGCUGAAGCUGCAAAAGACAAAACGACCAAGGAAGCAAAGAAAGCGAAAGACAAAGGUGCAGGAUUCCUAUCAGGGAUAUUUAAAGGUGCGAAGCAUGCCGCAGAGGAAGCAACCGAUGAUAUCAAGGAAUUCUUGGACGACACGAAGAAAGAAGCUGCUUUAGAGGAAGCACGAGCCAAGGAAGCGGCAGCCAUUAGCUUGAAAAAUCUGGAAGAGAAAAAAGAUACUUUAGUAACAGGCGCGAAGGACAUUGCUGACAGAACUGUUACCGACAUUAAAGAAUCCAAAGAUAAAACGGUGUCCAUUGUGAAGGGCAAGAAAGAAAAAGUCUCGGAGAAGAUUUCGAAAGACGUAGAGAAGGCAACGGAUCAUGCAAAAGCAGCUACUGAAAAAGCUAUGACAGAUACGAAGAAAGUGGGUGAAAAAAUAGAAAGCACUGCGAAGGAUGCUGUACAAGCAGGUACAGAAAUUAAAGACGCAGUCAUUACGGAGAUAAAGGAGGAUGCAAAAAUCAUGGAAGAAAAAUUAUCAUCCGAAGCUGAAUCAGCUGAAGAUGCUGUAGCAUCUGCUAAGGACAAAGCUAUCAAAGAAGCGAAAAAAGUUAAAGAAAAAGGAAGCGGAUUCUUCUCUGGCAUAUUCAAAGGUGCGAAACAUGUCGUAGAAGAUGCAACUGACGAUGUUAAAGAAUUUAUGGAUGAGACGAAAAAGGAAGCUGCAUUGGAAGAAGAACGAGCCAAAGAAAAAGCUGCUGCAAGUCUGAAAGAUCUAAAAGACAAAAAAGAAGCUACUGUGAGUAAAGUUCAAGAAGCUACGGAUAAAGCUGUCGAUAAAGCAAAAGAAGUAAAAGUUAAAACCGUCUCUGCCGUAAAAGACACAAAAGAUAAAGUUGUAGAGGAAGUUUCCAAAGAUGCGCAGAAAGUUGCCGGCGCCACAAAAUCAGUUGGUGAGGAAAUAGCAGAUGAAACGAAGAAAAUCGGAGAAAAACUGGAGGAAACUGCGGUAGAUGUUGCACAAGCUACCAAGGAUACUAAAGAUGCAGCAAUUAAAGAGAUAAAAGAUGAUACAAAGUUGAUGAAAGAAAAAUUAACAGCUGGCGCUGAUGCGGCAGCAGAAGCUGCCGACAGUGCAAAGGAAAAAGCAACAAAAGAAGCAAAGAAAGCUAAAGAAAAAACAACUAGUUUCUUCUCCGGUAUUUUUAAAGGUGCGAAACACGCUGUAGAAGAUGCGACAGAUGACGUUAAAGAAUUCUUGGAUGAGACGAAAAAAGAAGCUGAAAUGGAAGAAGAACAUGCCAAAGAAAAGGCUGCUGCAAGUCUAAAAGAUUUAAAAGACAAAAAAGACACUGCUGUUAGUGAAGUUCAAGAAAAUGUGGACAAAACCGCCGAAAAAGUGAAAGAAGCAAAAGACAAGACAGUUUCUACAUUAAAAGACCAAAAGGAUAAAGUGGUCGAGGGAGUUUCCAAAGAUGCGCAGAAAGUUCCCGACGCCACAAAAUCAGUUGGUGAGGAAAUAGCUGAUAAAACGAAGAAAAUCGGAGAAAAACUGGAGGAAACUGCGGUAGAUGUUGCACAAGCUACCAAGGAUACUAAAGAUGCAGCAAUUAAAGAGAUAAAAGAUGAUACAAAGUUGAUGAAAGAAAAAUUAACAGCUGGCGCUGAUGCGGCAGCAGAAGCUGCCGACAGUGCAAAGGAAAAAGCAACAAAAGAAGCAAAGAAAGCUAAAGAAAAAACAACUGGUUUCUUCUCCGGUAUUUUUAAAGGUGCGAAACACGCUGUAGAAGAUGCGACAGAUGACGUUAAAGAAUUCCUAGAUGAGACGAAAAAAGAAGCUGAAAUGGAAGAAGAACAUGCCAAAGAAAAGGCUGCUGCAAGUCUAAAAGAUCUAAAAGACAAAAAAGACACUGCUGUUAGUGAAGUUCAAGAAAAUGUGGACAAAACCGCCGAAAAAGUGAAAGAAGCAAAAGACAAGACAGUUUCUACAUUAAAAGACCAAAAGGAUAAAGUGGUCGAGGGAGUUUCCAAAGAUGCGCAGAAAGUUGCCGACGCCACGAAAUCAGUUGGUGAGGAAAUAGCUGAUAAAACGAAGAAAAUCGGAGAAAAACUGGAGGAAACUGCGGCAGACGUUGCACAAGCUACCAAGGAUACUAAAGAUGCAGCAAUUAAAGAGAUAAAAGAUGAUACCAAAUUAGUGAAAGAAAAAUUGGCAGCAGGUGCUGCUGCUGCUUCAGAAAUUGCAGAUAGUACAAAGGAUAAAGCAAUGAAAGAAACGAAAAAAGCUAAAGAAAAAACUAGUGGUUUCUUUUCUGGCAUCUUCAAAGGUGCAAAACAUGCUGCUGAAGAUGCAUCUGAUGAUGUUAAAGAAUUUUUGGAUGAAACAAAAAGAGAAGCUUCUUUAGAAAAAGAACAUAUUAAGGAAGAAAUUGCAACAAGUAUUAAAGAUUUAAAAGAUAAGAAGGAUACAGUCGUAACCGAAGUUCAACAAACUGCAGACACAGCCUUCUCUGAUAUAAAAGAAGCUAAGGAUGAAACUGUUUCUGUAAUAAAAGAUAAGAAGGUUAAACUUGUAGAAGAAGUUUCGAAAGAUACUGAAAAAGUUACCGAUACAACAAAAGCAGUCGGUGAAAAAGUAACAGCGGAAACAAAGAAGAUAGGUGAAAAGAUGGAAUAUGCCGCGGCAGAUGUUGUGAAAACUGCCAAGGAGACUAAAGAUGCAGCUAUCAAGGAGAUAAAGGAAGAUACGAAAUUAGUGAAAGAAAAAUUGGCAGCAGGUGCUGAUGCUACUGUAGAGACCGUAGAUAACACAAAGGAUAAAGUGACAAAACAGACAAAGAAAACAAAGGAAAGAACAACUAGUUUCUUCUCCGGUAUUUUUAAAGGUGCUAAGCACGCCGUAGAAGAUGCGGCUGACGAUGUUAAAGAAUUUAUAGAUGAGACGAAGAAGGAAGCUGUUUUGUAUGAAGAGCGUACUAAAGAAAAAAUUGCUGCGGGACUUAAAGAUUUGAAGGAUAAAAAGGACAUUGUCGCAACUGAAGUUCAAGGAUCUGUAGACAAAACCAUCACUCAUGUGAAAGACACGAAAGAUAAAACAGUUGUUACUGUAAAAGAUAAGAAAGAUAAAAUUGCAGAGAAAGUUUCCAAAGACAUACAAAAGGUCACCGAUGCUACAAAAACAGCCGGUGAAAAAGUUACAACAGAGACGAAGAAAUUCGGUGAAAAAAUAGAAGAGACUGCAGCAGAUAUCGUGCAGGAUGUGAAAAAUGCUAAAGAAGCAGCAGUCAAGGAAAUGAAAGAAGAUACAAAAUUCGUAAAAGAUAAAUUAGCAGAAGGUGCUGAUGUUGCUGUGGAAGCUGCGGGAAGUGCAAAAGAUAAAACAACAAAAGAAGCGAAGAAAGUUAAAGAAAAAACUAGUGGGUUCUUUUCUGGUAUAUUCAAAGGUGCAAAACAUACUGCGGAAGAUAUACCUGAAGAUGUGAAGGAACAUGUAAGCGAUUCCAAAAAGGAAGCGACUAAAGAAUUGGAAGAGUUAGAACGUAAGAAAGGUGGUAUAAUGCAUAGUGCAAAGGAUGCCGUGGACAAAACCAUUAAGAGUGUGGAAGAUGCCGAAGAUAGAACAGUUUCUACCGCGAAAGAUACGAAAGACAAGUUAGUGGAUAUAGCUGCCAAAGACAUGGAGAAAGCAACACAUGAUUUGAAAGCAGCUCGUGAUGACGUAGUCACAAAGACCAAAGAAGUAGUCGAUAAAGUAGAAACUUCCGUGGCAGAUGUUGGACAUGAUGUGAAAGAUAUUAAGGAUGCAGCUUUUAUAGAAGCAAAAGAAGACGCUAACGUUAUAAAGGAAAAGUUGGCUGCCAAAGCUGAAUCUAUAUCGGAUUCAGUAGAAGUCACUAAAGAUAAGGCAAUUAAAGAGGCGAAGAAAGCUAAAGAAAAAGCUAGUGGCUUUUUUUCGGGAAUAUUUAGAGGAUCGAAACAUUCCACGGAUAGCGCAGUGGAUGAUGUAAAAGAAUUCCUGGACGAAACGAAAAAGGAGACAGCGUUAGAGCAAGCACAUGUCAAGGAAACAGCAGAAGCUGAACUAAAAAAUCUGGAGCAUAAAACAGACCGCAUAAUUUCCGAAGCGAAAGAAGCUAAGGAUCGUGUUGCUGAGGAAAUAAUUGACGAAGUCGAAAAGACUAUCGACGUCACUAAAGCGACAGGUGAUAAAGUAGUUACAGAUGAAAAACGAAUUGUCGAUAAUAUCGCGCAAGGUGUUGCAGAUGUUAAAGAUAGCGUAGCGAAGGAAAUAAAGGAAGAUGUACAAGCAGCAAAAGAAAAAUUAAAAGCAGGCGGUGAUGCUGUAGCAGAAAGUGCUGCAACUACGAAAGAUAAAGUAAUUAAGGAAUCAAAGAAAGCUAAAGAAAAGGGUAGUGGUUUUCUUUCGGGAAUAUUCAAGAGCGCGAAGCAUUCUGUAGAAGAAGUAUCUGACGAUGUAAAAGAAUUUGUAGACGAGACAAAGAAGGAAACCACUCUGAAACAAGAGCAAACCAAAGAAAAAAUUACUGCAGGUGUCAAAGACUUAAAAGAUACAAAAGAAGCUCUUGUUACUAGUAUUCAAGAUGUCGCUGAUAAAACCGUCACUGAUGCAAAAGCUGCUAAAGACAAAACUGUCUCUGCAGUAAAAGACAAAAAGGAUAAAGUUGUUGAAGAAGUUCCUAAAGAUGCGCGUAAAGUUGCUGACACCACGAAAGCAGCUAGUGAGAAAGUAGCAGACGAAACGAAAAAAAUCGGAGAACAAAUAGAGGAAACUGCGGCAGAUGUUGCACAAGCUGCCAAGGAUACUAAAGAUGCAGCUAUUAAAGAAGUAAAAGAAGAUGCAAAAUUAGUAAAAGAAAAAUUAACUGCAGGUGCUGAUGCUACCGUAGAAGCUGCGGAUAAUGCAAAGGACAAAGUGACGAAAGAAGCAAAGAAAGCUAAAGAUAAAACAGGUCGUUUCUUUUCUGGUAUAUUUAAAGGCGCGAAACAUGCUGUAGAAGAUGCAACUGACGAUGCCAAAGAAUUUCUGGAUGAGAAGAAAAGAGAAGCUUCAGUAGAGAAAGAACAUGCUAAAGAAGAGAUUACUCAAGGACUUAAAGAUUUGAAAGAUGAAAAAGAUACGGUCGUUUCUGGUAUUCAACAGGCUGCAGACAAAGUUGCCGAUGACGCGAAAGAGGCAAAAGAUAAAGUUAUUUCUACUGCUAAAGACAAAAAGGAUAAAAUUGUGGAAGAAAUUUCGACAGAUGUACAGAAAAUUGCUGAUGCGACGAAAACAAGCGGUGAAAAAGUAGUAACAAAAAUGAAAAAAGUUGAUGAAAAAAUAGAAGAAACUGCAGCGGAUGUUGUGCAAGAUAUUAAAGACACUAAAGAUACAGCAGUUAAGGAAUUAAAAGAAGAUACGAAAUUAGUGAAAGGAAAAUUGGCAGCAGGUGUUGAUACCGCUGCAGAAGCUGCGGAUAGUGCCAAAGAAAAAGCGACGAAAGAAGCAAAAAAAGCUAAAGAAAAAACGAGUGGUUUCUUCUCCGGAAUAUUUAAAGGUGCGAAACAUGCCGUAGAAGAUGCUGCUGACGACGUCAAAGAAUUUUUAGAUGAGACCAAAAAAGAAGCCGCUUUAGAAGAAGAACAUGUUAAAGAGAAGAUUGACGCAGGAAUAAAAGAUCUAAAGGAUAAAAAGGAUGUUGUUACAACUAAAGUUCAAGAAGCUGCUGAUCAAGUCAUUACUGAUGUCAAAGAUGCGAAAGAUAAAGCAAUUUCUAAACAUAAAAUUGGGGAAGAACUUUCGAAGGAUACUAAGAAAGCAGGAGAAAUUGCUGCAGAUAUUGCGAAAAGUGUUAAGGACACUAAAGACGCAAAGAUUAAAGAUGUAAAAGAAGAUACGAUAAAAAUAAAAGAAAAAUUGAUAGCAGAUGCUGAUGCUGCUGUGGAAACUGCGGACAGCGUAAAGGACAAAGCCACAAAAGAAGCGAAAAAAACUAAGGAAAAAACAGGUCGUUUCUUUUCUGGUAUAUUUAAAGGAGGAAAACAUGCUGCAGAAGAAGCAACUGAUGAUAUUAAGGAAUUCUUGGAGGAAACGAAAAGAGAAGCUUCAUUAGAAAAACAACGUGCUAAGGAAGAAGUUGCUGCAGGUCUCAAAGAUUUGAAAGAUAAGCAAGACGCUGUUAUUACUGGAGUUCAAGUGGCCGCAGACAAGGCCAUCACCGAUGUAAAAGAUGCAAAAGAUAAAACAGUUUCUACACUAAAGGACCAAAAAGAUAAAGUUGUCGAGAAAGUUUCCAAAGAUGCGCAGAAAGUUGCCGACGUCAUGAAAACAACUAGUGAGAAAGUAGCAGAGGAAACUAAGAAAAUCGGGGAAAAAUUAGAAGAAACUGCGUCGGAUGUUGCACAAGCUGCCAAGGAUACUAAAGAUACAGCAAUUAAAGAAGUAAAAGACGAUGCAAAAUCAGUGAAAGAAAAAUUAGCGGCAGCAGACGUUGAUGUGGCAGCGGAUGCAACAGACAGUGCAAAGGAUAAAGCGUCAAAAGAAGCAAAAAAAACUAAAGAAAAAACAGGUGGUUUCUUUUCUGGUAUAUUUAAAGGCGCUAAACAUGCCGUAGAAGAUGCUGCUGACGAUGUUAAAGAAUUUAUGGAUGAGACAAAGAGAGAUGCUCAAUUGGAAGAAGAAAGUGCUAAGGAAAAAAUUGCAUCGGAACUUAGAGACUUGAAAGAUAAAGAAGAUGCAGCGGUAACAGGUGUAAAAGAUGUUGCAGAUAAAGCCACAGCUGACAUGAAACAUACAAAAGAUAAAGCAAUUUCUGCUGUUAAAGAUCAAAAGGAUAAAAUUGUCGAAGAAGUUUCCAAAGAUACUCAGAAAGUUGCUGAUACCACGAAAGCAGUUGGUGAGAAAGUAGCAGCGGAAACGAAGAAAAUCGGUGAAAAAACAGGAGAAAUUGCAGCAGAUGUUGCGCAAGUUACCAAGGAUACUAAAGAUGCUACAAUUAAAGAAGUAAAGGAAGAUACAAAGAAAAUUAAAGAUAAAUUAGUAACAGGCGUUGAUGCAGCUGCAGAUGCUAUUGAUAGUGCAAAGGAUAAAACGACGAAAGAAGUGAAGAAAGCUAAGGAAAAAACAGGUGGUUUCUUCUCUGGUAUCUUCAAAGGUGCGAAACACGCUGUAGAAGACGCAGCAGAUGAUGUCAAAGAAUUUCUAGAUGAAACAAAACAUGAGGCAGAAUUGGAAGAAGCUCGUAUUAAAGAAGCAGCAGUUGCUGAUUUGGAAGAAUUAGAACAUAAAAAAGAUGCUAUUGUCAGUGACGUAAAAGACACGGCAGAUCGAACUGUCGCUGAAAUAAAAAAAGCUAAAGAUAAAACUGUCGCAGCAAAAGAUACGACAGAUACUAUCACUAAGAAAAUCUCAGAAGAUAUUCAGAAAACUACUGAUAUAGGUAAAGCUGCUAAAGAUAAAGCAACAUCAGAAGUAAAGAAAGCUGGUGAGAAAUUGGAUUCAACAGUACAAGACAUUGCACAUGGAAUUUCGCAUUCGAAAGACGCAGCCAUUAAAGAAGCUAGAGAUGAAACCAAAAUAAUGAAAGAGAAAAUGACAGCUGGAGUUGAAGUUGUGACCGAAAGUGCUGAGACUGUCAAGGAUAAAGCAGUUAAAGGAGCAAAGAAGACAAAGGAAAAAGGAUCCGGUUUUCUGUCAGGCAUAUUUAAAGGCGCCAAGCAUUCUGUUGAAAGCGCAACGGACGAUGUUAAAGAAUUUCUAGAUGAAACGAAACGCGAAGCAGAAUUGGAAGAAGCUCGUGCUAAGGAAGCAGCAGCGGCUGGAUUGAAGGAAUUAGAACAUAAAAAAGAUGCUGUUAUUGACAUAAAAGAUACGACUGAUCAAGCUGUUACUGGAAUAAAAGAUAUCAAGGAUAAGACUGUCACUGCAGCGAAAGAUACAAAAGAAAAAGUCAUUGAAAAAGUCUCGGAAGAUAUUCAGAAGACUACAGAUGCAAGUAAAGCUGCUAAAGACAAAGUGACAGCAAAAAUAAAGAAAGUUGGUGAUAAAUUGGAUUCAACAGCACAGGACGUUGCACAAAAAGUUGCAGAUACCAAAGAUGCAGUUGUCAAAGAAGUACAGGAUGAUACGAAAAAGAUGAAGGAGAAAUUAGCAGCUGAAAUUGAACAAGCAGCAGAGGAUGCGAAACAUGCAAAGGAUAAAGCAGUUUCUGUUGUUAAAGAUCAAAAGGAUAAAAUUGUCGAAAAAAUUUCCAAAGAUGUGCAGAAAGUUGCCGAUAGCACGAAAACAGCCGGCGAGAAAGUAGUAGCAGAAACGAAAAAAACCGAUGAAAAAGUAGAAGAAACCGCGAUAGGUGUUGCACAAGCUGCCAAGGAUAUUAAAGAUGCAGCAGUUAAAGAAGUGAAAAAAGACACAAGGAAAAUAAAAGGACAAUUGACAGCAAGCGCUGAUUCUGUCGCGGAAGUUGUGGACAGUGCAAAAGAUAAAGCGAAGAAAACGAAAGAAAAAACAAGUGGCUUUUUUUCUGGGAUAUUUAAAGGUGCAAAACAUGCUGUAGAAGAUGCAUCUGGUGACGUCAAGGAAUUCUUGGAUGAAACGAAAAGAGAAGCUUCUAUAGAAAAAGAACGCGCUGAGAAAGAAAUGGAUGCUGAUCUCAAAAGUUUAAAAGACAAAAAAGACUCUGCGAUUGCCGAAGUCCAGGAGGUAAUAGACAAAACUGUCGCUGAUGUAAAAGAUGCGAAUGAUAAAACAGUUUCUACCAUAAAAGAUAAAAAGGACAAAGUUACUGAUGAUAUUUCCAAAGAUAUUCAUAAAAUUACUGAUACCACAAAAGCAGUUGGUGAGAAAGUCAUAACAGAAACGAAAAGAAUGGGUGAAAAAAUAGAAACAACCGCGGAAGAUGUUGCACAAGGUACUAUAGAUGUUAAGGAUGCAGUGGCUAUAGAAGUGAAAGAUGAUACAAAAUUGGUAAAAGAAAAAGUGUCAUCUGCUAUAGGUGCUGUAGCCGAUGGUAGCCAGAUUGCUGAAGAUAAAGCGAUUAAAGAUAUGAAGAAAGUUAAAGAAAAAGGAUCCGGUUUUUUAUCGGGAAUAUUUAAAGGUGCCAAGCAUUCAGUUGAUAGCGCAGCAGACGAUGUCAAAGAAUUUCUAGAUGAAACAAAACGAGAAGCAGAACUGGAAAAAACUCGUGCUAAGGAAGCAGCAGCGGCUGGAUUGAAAGAAUUAGAACAUAAAAAGGAUGUUAUCAUUACUGAUGUAAAAGAUACAACUGAUCAAGCUGUUGCUGGAAUAAAAGAUACUAAGGAUAAGACUGUCACUGCAGCGAAAGAUACAAAAGAAAAAGUCAUUGAAAAAGUCUCGGAAGAUAUUCAGAAGACUACAGAUGCAAGUAAAGCUGCUAAAGACAAAGUGACAGCAGAAAUAAAGAAAGUUGGUGAUAAAUUGGAUUCAACAGCACAGGACGUUGCACAAAAAGUUGCAGAUACCAAAGAUGCAGUUGUCAAAGAAGUACAGGAUGAUACAAAAAAGGUGAAAGAGAAAUUGGCUGGGGAAGUUGAAACUGUGGCCCAUGGUGCUGAAGCAGCUAAGGAUAAGGCAACUAAAGAAGCGAAAAAAGCUAAAGAAAAGGGAUCCAGUUUUCUUUCGGGAAUAGUUAAAGGCGCGAAACAUGCUGUUGGAAGCGCAAGGGACGAUGUUAAAGAAUUUCUGGACGAGACAAAGUACGAGGCGAAAUUAGAAGAAGCUCAUGCUAAAGAAAUUGCAGCGGUUGGUGUGAAGAAAUUGGAACAUAAGAAAGAUGUUAUUGAUAGUGCAAAGAAUGUUACAAAAGAAGUAGUAGCUGAUGUUAAGGACGCUAAAGAUAAAAUUUCUGACACGAUGACUCAAGUAGCGGACACCACGAAGAUUGCAGUUGAUAAGCAAGCGACUGAAACAAAGAAGAUUGGUGAAAAAAUAGAAUCUAAAACCAUGGAUAUUGCACAUGGUAUAGGGGAUGCCAGAGAAAGUCUCGAUAAAGAAAUAAAAGAAGAUACAAAGGCGAUGAAGGAUAAAUUAUUAACAAGUGCCGAUGCUGUCGCUGACGGUGCCAAAGCAGCCAAAGAUGAACUUGUGAAAGAUGCUAAAAAGGCAAAGGAUACGAGUUCAGAUUUCCUGUCUGGAGUUAUUCAGAGUGCAAAGCAAACAGGAAAGGAAAUUUCCGACGACGUGAAGGACUUUCUGGAAGUAACCAGGCAAGAAGCAGCUGCUGAUGAAGCAUUUGCUAGAGAAGCCGCGAUGGCAAGAUCGAAAGAACUGGAAAAAGCAAAGGAUAAAGUCGUUAAUGAAAUUAAAACCUCUACGGGUAAAGUUGUGAAAGACACAAAAGACGCAAAAGAGAAGAGUCUUUCCAAUAUAAAAGGUGCGAAGGACAAAACGAUCUCUACUGUGAAAGCGGCGGGAAGUAAGAUAGGGCAUAGUGUGACGCAAGCCGGGGGUAAAGUUAAGUCUGCUGAUCAAGAUGUGACACAGAAGACUAAACGCACCAAAGAUGCCGUCGUAAGCGAAGUGAAAGAAGAUACACGAGUAGUUAAAGGAAAAUUGGCGACUAGCACAGAUACAGUCACGAGUACGGUGGAGACUGUAAAGGACAAAACCGCGAAAGAUACUAAGAAGAUCAAACAAAAAACAGGCAGUUUUCUAUCAGGCGUGGUGAAAAGCGCCAAACACGCAGUAGAAGAUGCAACGGAUGAUAUGAAGGACUUCCUGAAAGAGACCAAGCAGGAAGCAACCGCGGAAGAAGCUCGUACUAAGGGCGAUCUCGCUCAAGCGAAAGAUAAAUCCGCUAAAUCUACAACUGAUGCGAAGGACAAAUCUGUCAGUGCCGUUAAAGCCACAAGAAAGAGUCCCCCGAAAUCACAAUUACCAGUGGACGCGAAAGGCACGGGCAAAGCUUCGCCUAUCACUAAGAGAACGGGUAAAGUAACUGAAACGCCAGCGACAAAAAGAAACGGUGAUAGAGUAGGAUCGAAACGCACAGGCGAGAGUACUCAGGAGGUAGUUCGUAAAUCCGAUAUAGCUGGCAGGUCAGAGACGUCCGGUGGCGUCGAGCAUUUAACCGAGACAGUUAGCGUUAAGAAAGUAUCUCGCAUUCCACAAAAGAAAAGUCCGGGUAAGGAGACAGGCUCAGACGAUUCGGGUAAUUCGCGUAGAGUAGUAGAGACAGUAACCACGGUAGGGCACCCCGAGCCUCGCACACGGCACUCCGUCACCACAAUCGUGACAAAGUCUGUGCGAACGACCCCACCGCCACCCAGUUCACUCGCCGAGUUCACUGACAGUAGAACCGAAGACGUGACCAAAGAGGCUGCACGACGAGCACAAAACUUGGCGGAUCAGGCGUACACCUCGACGAAAACAGGGCAUGAUUCGGCUGAGAUUGAUGGGACUGUAGAGAGGCAUGCUACUUCUGCUCCAUCAAAACAACCUGUUCCCGCCCCGCGUCUCUCCACCACCAAGCCGUCUACCAAACCCGAGUUCCAUCUGGAACUUAGUGAUGCCUCACGAACACAUAAAACGGUCGAGCAGCCUUCCAAGCCAACGCUGGAGAUGCAGUCACCGAGCAAGAGUAGUCCAAAGAGCAAGAUACCUUUUAAAAUCGACCCUCACGCGCCUAAAUCGAACGACGAUCCCGAAUCCGUCCCAUUAAAGUUCUCGGAAGAUCACAUCAUCGGUCCACAGGCGGUUUCGCGAACCGUCAAAUACGUUACUGGGGAUACAGAUGGGGAGUUGAUCAAAGAAACGAUAGAGGAGGAAAAAAAAGUACCGAGCGAUGCGAUCCAGACAGUCAAAAUGGACGAUCUGACCGAGACUAUGAUAAGCGACAAAACGGAGAUAAUUCCCUCCGUAAAGCAAAUACGGACAACUACAGUGACCAACGAUUCGUCGAUCGAUCCUACGAAAUUGAAGGAGCUUUUGGAGACUGGUGGUAUUGUAGAGAUGGUGAGGACUGUGACUUUGACGUCAGAGGACAGUACUUUGCAACCUGUAACGCGUGAGGAGGUUGUCAAGAGGAUAAACCAAGUCGCUAAUACGCUACCCAGCGAGAUCUUCGAUUUCGGCGACUCUUCUACCACUACGAUAAAGACUGACAAAUCAGAGUCUGACGAUGUCGUGCAGAUGGUGCAACGCGUGAUGUCGGAGACGUCGGAGAUCGAGAAGACCGAAAGGGUGGUGAGAACAAUAACUUCCAGCAGUGAUGGCGGCGGCUACGGGGACGCGGAGUCCGCUCUAAGAAGCCUUCAGGAACAAUUAACGAGAUCCGAAAUCGGAGAGACCGCCUCUUGGACAGCGGCGAAUGAACAGUGGGAGGUGCAGUAUUCUCAAGACACAUCACCCGGUUCUGGAAAUGGCGGCGGUGUUGACACGUUUGCCAGCAACAACAACAAUAACAACAACAAGAACGAUGGUAGUUCAAGGCACGAUAUGCACAGCGACACCGAUAGUGAUGGUUCGCCGCAACCUAGAAGAAGAUCUCCGAGCAAGAGGCGUACGUUGGGCAGUUCCAGCGGGUCGGAUGUAGCACUGCACGAAGGUGCGGAGCUGUCCCCGUUGGAGGACGACCAAGAAUCUGACUUUUUGCAACAUAGCGAGCCAUCCUUCAUGGAAACGACAACGAUCGAGGUGGAUCCUGUCACUCAGGAAAGUAUAACGACAACCACGCGAACGGAAACGAGGACGAUAUCAUCUACAGGAACUGGUGACACGGACGAUUUGCGGGAAUCGAUGCAGAAGAUCAUGGACACGUUCAUGUCGGAGGAGAGGAAGGAUCAUUAGGAGUAACGUGCAUGUUCCACCCUUCGAAUUUGCAAUAAGGAAAGAAGAAGAAAUCGCCGUCGGGUUCUCGACAUCGAUCCCCUCGUCGAUUAUUGAUCCUUUACCUUUGGAGGGAAGCACUUCGAUGGCCCUCGGACUUGGCGUGUCCUUGGGCGUCGAGCGAAGAAUUUACGAUCACGAUAGGAUCGGGGGCACAUAAAAACGUUCGCUCCUUCGGGGUGCUAUCUCUCUCAAACCACACAAAAGCAUGCACAAUGAUUUACUAUCACGCUCAUGGCCUAUGCUUCGAGUUUGCUUGCCUUUCCGUUCCGCUCGGUUGCCUUAUCUCUUUGCGUUCGUCGGAAUCUCGCAAUCGAAGAUGAAUAAUAAUGAUGACGAUAAUGAUGAUGAUGAUGAUGAUGAUGAUGAUGAUGAUGUAUUUGCGUAUGUCGUUGCUAGUCCGACUAGCCGAUUCGCGCUAGUCUUCACUAUGCCAACCCGUCCAUGUAUGUGCUUUUUCGUGUUGUUUGAAGACAUUAUGCGAAAUGGAAGGGAAAGAAAGUAUGAAGUGUGGAGACGAUGGGGCAUGUCGAGAAGAAACGCGAAAAAAGCGAGAACGCAA